AUGCCAGAUGACCAGAUCGGCAGCCUAACUCUGCUGUGUUUCGCCAAGAGGUAUGCUUUCGGCUACCAGUACGGCAUUGCGGCUUUCGACAUGGAGUAUGCGGAUGCUAAUAACGACUGUGGAGAUGGAAACUACAACCGUCUUCGAACCCUAAGAAAAACACUCGAUUUCCUCAAAGUUGCGUACAAUACUACGGGCGUAUUCAAGAGCUGCGUAAGCGGUGUCGAACAAGUGCCAGUAGAAAGAACAGAAGAUGACGAAGUCCCCAAGGAAAAGCCCGCAGCUCCACUAAUCUGCACAGCUGGAGACAGAAUGACUCGCACGAUGGCGUUUCCCGAAGAUGGACUAUGUGACGUCAUCGUGUUUGACUCGAUCGAAAAGAAAAACGAGAAUCCUUUAGGCGGCCCACACACGGAGAGCUUCAAGGCUUUUCUUGAAAAAGCGCAAAACCAGUCCAAUACAUUGUACGGCGUCGGCUUCGACCACAGCACCUUCACCAAUUUGCAACAAACAGUGGCAACACCAAGAGCUGGAGAUCAGCUGAACAAUCUGUGGAGCAGCGGAAUAUCGGUCUUUGGCUACGUAAACACUCCAGCUUACUAUUUCCAGCAACGCGAUCUCUCAGGAAUGCUCACAAUCCUGAAGGUUAUCUCGUCCCUCAUGAGCAAGAGAGCUACGCCACAACGACCAGCUUACACCGUUCUGGCUUUCGUAUCCGAAGGUCCUUGGACUCUGACAACAAUUGCUAAUAUCUUCAAAAGGACGUUCAUUCCUGAUUUCGUAAUCUCCAAGUCUCAUCUCUUCGGUCAGGAUAGCGAAUUGGAAGGGUGCAAAGUGUUACCUCCGACCUACAUCUACACGCCUCCGACGCUGACCUACAGCCAAAGCUUGUGGACCGGCCACGACUCUGUCCGCCAGAUGGCAAUGCAAGGCAUCAACACGACAAUGUCUGUGUCAGUGGCCCUGUACGGCCGCUGGUACAAGCCUCUCAUCAGGAACACCAACGGCGAGCAGACCGACAACUACUCGUUGCUCCAAGAUUGCGACAAAAUGCCAGACGACCAGCACGGCAGCGUCAGCGAGCAGUGUGACAGUCAGAACUCCCCAGUCUACGACCCGAAUCUUCACGCGAACAUCUUCACCCAAAAGAAGCUGCAAAGACUGUUUGUCUACGACGACGCAAAAUCACUUCUGUACAAGCUGUGCUACUGCAAACAAGGCAUGCUGGAGCACAAGUACGGCGUCGCUGCCUACAACCUGGAGAUGGCAGACACAAACAACAAGUGCGGAAAUGGGCCGUACCACAUCCUGCACGUGAUCAAAGACCUCGUCUCUUUCAUGGCCACUAACUUUACUCGCCAAGAGCAAUUCGAGAGCUGCUACGACCAGUCAAAGCGCGACAAUCCAGCCACGUCAACACCUCUUCCUAAGGCGUCGCCCCAGCGUUCUCCGCUCGUGUGCGUGUACAGUCAGCGGACAACGCUGAGGACUCGCUACCCUGACGACGGCGUGUGCGACUACGUCGUCUACUCCGGCGUCCACAGGAAGGACGGUGACAGGCUGGGCGCAGCCUACAGCGCCGAGCUGAUGCAUUUCCUCGGCCGGGCCAUGGGACAGAGGCGCUCGCAGUACGCCGUUCGGACUCGACUACAGUCAGGUUUAGCGAACCUUUCAAGCUGCCUGGUGCAUGUGGUCAUAGUGUCGGACGUGGCUCAGGCGGUGGAGGGGUCCGGCUUUCCCAUAUUUACAACAUAA